UUGCUCGGUCCCGGAGAGCCCGGCGGCGCGGCGGGGUGUGGACGCGGCCCGGAGCCCGCCGCGCGCGAGCUGCCCCUCCGCCUUCGGCUCGCACCCCCCGCCCCUCCCACCGGGGCGGGCUGGGCCGCGCCGGCCGCCCCCGGGCGCCCGCACCUCCGGCCGCAGUCUCGGCCAGACGCGCCAGCGAACCGGUUUGGAUUGGGGCCGGCGGCCGCGCGGGAGGCGGGAGCGGCGGGGACGCGCGGAGGGCCCGGGGAGGCGAGCGGCCGAGAGGGGACGGUCCCGCCGACUUGGCGCGGGCGGCAGGUGCGCGGCCCCCGGGAUGCGGACGCCGGCGGUGAUGACGCUGGGCAUGGUGCUGGCGCCCUGCGGGCUGCUGCUCAACCUGACGGCCACGCUGGCGCCCGGCUGGCGGCUGGUGAAGGGCUUCCUCAACCAGCCGGUGGACGUGGAGCUGUACCAGGGCCUGUGGGACAUGUGCCGCGAGCAGAGCAGCCGCGAGCGCCAGUGCAAGCAGCCGGACCCGUGGGGCUACUUCGACGCCCAGCCGGUGCGCGUGGCGCGGGCCCUCAUGGUCACGUCGCUGGCCGCCACGGCCCUGGGGCUGCUGCUGGCGUCGCUGGGCGUGCGCUGCUGGCAGGAGGAGCCGCGCUUCGCGCUGGCCGGCCUCUCGGGCGCGGUGCUCUUCGCCGCCGGCCUGCUCAGCCUCAUCCCGGUCUCCUGGUACAACCACUUCUUGGCGGACCGCAACGUCCUGCCCGCCGACGCCAGCCCGGUCACGCUGCACGUCAGCUACAGCCUGGUGCUGGGCUACCUGGGCAGCUGCCUGCUGCUGCUGGGCGGCUUCUCGCUGGCGCUCAGCUUCGCGCCCUGGUGUGAGGAGCGCUGCCGCCGCCGCCGCAAGGAGCCGGCGGGCGGCCCGCGCCGGCCCAGCAUCAGCACGGUGCACGUCGGCUGGCCCGAGCCCGCGCUGCCGCCCGCCAUCAAGUACUACAGCGACGGCCAGCACCAGCCGCGGCCGGCCAAGCCCGGCGCCGCCCGCCAGCCCAAGGCCGGCUUCCCCAUGCCGCGGCCGCAGCCCGGCGCCUACACCAACCAGAUAGACGUGCUCCGCGGGGAGGACGCCCGCUCCCCCCGCGACUCCUUGGGCAGCACCUGCUCCUGCCACGCCUCGCUGCCCUGCGACUCCGACCUGUAGACGGCGCCCCCUCCUCUCCCAGGCCUGCUCUGGGCGGGUGCUGCGGGGACGAAGGACUCGCCCCCACCACGUCCAGCCCUGAACUUGCCCGGU